AUGGUGAAGACCCGUAGAGGAUGGUAUUUAACGGACAUAAAGACAGACCAGAAUGAUAAAAGGAUAAAAGACGAGAAGGAAGAUGCAUUGGAAGCGAGUCGAGCAGAGAUAGUGAAGCGAGGCGAUAACAAAAUCGUACGACGUCGUUUGCAGGCCGAACAACGAGAAGCCGCUUUAGUGGAGGAAUUAUUGAAUGCUCAAAAAGCCGUUGAAGCUAAACAAGAAGAGAUUGAAGUGACGCAUAGAUUAGCUGCUGAAUUGUCGCGGCGUAAAAAUGAAGAAGACAUAAAACGUGCGCUAAAAUUCGAUUACAUAAAAUCCUUCGCGCAAUCACCAACGCGUUGUGCUCUGAAGGAAGCCCAAUCGCAUUUGAUAGAGGAAAAGGUUCGUUUGGAAGCAAAUCAAGUGGAACUAUUAAAGCAUUGGUACGAAGAUAACAUUUUCGAGAAGCUGCAACAAGCUGAAGAAAAAAAGAAGCAAAGCAGGCGCAAAGAUCUGCAGAAGCAAUUGGCGGACAAUCAGCGACGAGUUCAACAGAGAAUAAUUGAAGAGAAAGAGCAGGAUCGCAAAAUGAUGGAACGAGCAAUACAGAAGACUAAAGAGGAAGAUGCAAAGACGAGGGAAAAAAAAGAGAACGAUGCGAUUUUUUUGAGAACAGAGAUGGCCGCGUCUAUAGCGGCUAAGAAAGUAUGGGAAAGGAAAUAUAAGGAAGCAUUAAAAGAGGAAGAUAAAAGGAUAGCUCGCAUAAUUGUAGAAAAGGAAGCUCAACACGAGAAACAGCUCGGUACAAAGACGGAACUUCGCGCAGCAAGAGAAGCGGCGAUAGAUAAUGUAGCUAGAGAACUACUGGCUAAUGUGUGCAAAAAAAAAAAGCAGGAAAUCAUUGAUGAAUUGUAUCGAGAAGAGCAGAGAAAUAAAUGGAUGAAAAAAUCGGUCAGACCUGCACCAAAGAAGCAAUGCGAUAUUGCUGAAUCCUUCAAAGAAAUAAUGAAACAGAAAGCUGAUCGUAAAGCGAGAGAUGAAGUAAUCGAUGCCGCGUUUAUACAAUAUUCAGCUGAAUUACAAAAGAAAGAUAUUAAGAAACAAAGAGAAGAUGAUAAUGCACGAUACGCAAAGAAAAUUCAAUAUGGAAAGGAAUUAAAAGAAGUUAUAACAAAUAACAGAGUUAAUUACGCUAUGAGUAUUUUAAAACGACAGGCCGAAAUUUUUGCGCAAGAUAAAAAUACAAAUCAAUUAACUGCAAUGAGCAUAAAACAAUUUAACGAUAAAAACGAUAAUAACAAGGAUUGCAAGAAAAAGGAUAAUUGA